CCAGGCCCUCCGUCUCGGCCGUUUUAAAAUCCUCGUCGUCCAUCGACAUUCCAUUCCGCCUCCCUCCUUUCCUUCCCCUUCAUCUCUUUCUCGCCCGUCCCACCCCUUUCCGGCGGGGGUAAGCACGCCGCUCGCUCCUCGCCCCUCCGCUUCUCUGCCUCCAGCAGCGGUUGCUGCCCGGCGGCGAGGCGCGGCUUCGACGGCCGGCGGUGGAUUUCCGUUGGACUCUUUGCGGCCGGUUCGAGGGUGGAGGAAAUGUCGACCGAGUGCUCGGACCUCGGGGAGGAGUUCUGGCUCCCGGAGGAGUUCCUGGACGACGACUUCUUCUCUGAGGAGGAGAAGGCGGCGGUGGCCGCCCGGAGCGAGAGCGACGAGGAGGACAUCCUGGCCGGCCUCUCGCGCCGCCUCGCGGGGCUCCUCGGGGAUGACGCCGAGCGGAAGGCGCCCGCCAAGGAGGAGGUGACGGUUGGGUCGCCGCAGUCGACGCUCUGCGGGCUGCCCAAGUCCGGCCAGGAGAGCCCGAACGGCGGGGCGUCCAAGGGGACCUCGCCGCCGUCGUCGCCGCUGGAGCAGCGGCCGGCGGACCCGUGGGAGCUCCUCUACGAGGCGGCCGGGCAGGUCGCCCGCAUGCGGUCGGUGACCAACAGGAUCCCGGUGCCCACCAACGCAUACGGCUUCAGCGGCCACGGUGGGUUCGCGCCGCCGGCGAGGAAGCCGUCGCCGCCCCCGGUAGCGCCGCCCGCCGCCAAGGCUACGGCCGGCGGGUACUACCACCCGUUCGCUCACUUGGUCUCGCAGCGCCAGAUGCAGGCCGCUCAGUUCCAUCUCCUCAAGCAACAGCAGCUGCUCAAGCUGCAGCGCGAGCUCCACCUGGCCGCGGCCGCGGCGUGGAGCGCGCGCCAGGGCGCUGGUGCGAAGCCCGUUGGCUGCGGCGGCGGCGACGCGCCUCCCGGUCUGAACCCGGCGGCGUGGCCCCCGCUUCAGAAGCCGCCGACGCAGCACCAGGCUCCGUCGCCCCGUGCCGCUGCUGGCAUGCGCGCCGUGUUCCUCACCCCGCCCGGCGCCAAGCGCGAGCGCAAUGGCACCGGUGUCUUCCUCCCACGCCCUGCCGGCGCUCCGGCGGAGCCGAAGAGAAAGACAGGGUGUUCGACGGUUCUUGUCCCCGCCCGGGUCGUGCAAGCUCUGAACCUCAACCUUGACGACCUCGGCGCCCAGCCUCGCUACCCCGGUGGCUUCGUUCUCGAUCACGAUGCCUUGAUUAGUCGUAGCAACUUGCUGGCGAGCCAGAAGCGCCGCGCUGCGGCACCAGCCGUGGCCUCGCCGGCACUGUGCCACAGUACUUGAGUCCAGUCGCCGGCCGGAGCAGAUGAAGGUUGCCACCAAAGAUUCCGGCGACACCCUCCCGUCUGUUGGCCACUCCAGUCUAUCCUAAUAAUUAAAGAAAUUAGUUUGAGCCCCUUUUGUUAGGUAGUGUGUUAGCAGCAGAGUUAGGAAGGCCAUACUCUAGUGUUAGCAUCAGUGUUAGGUCUGUUCAUUUUGGAUCCGGUGAUAUAUUGGUUUUUUGGCGUGGACGGAAAGCGGAGAUGGACGAGCAGCGAAGAAACCAUGUCGUCCCAGUUUGGUGGUUUGGGGGAAGAAUAAUAAUAAGUGGUUCUUUUUUUUUGAGAAAAUAAUAGUAAGUGGUUAGAGAGGGGUGUUUUUGCUGCAGCAGGAGCAAGCAAACAAGAUGAUGAGAAAUGAUAGGAAAUGAUUGGGUUUGGUUCAUCUUGGAGAAGAAAAAGGAUAUAGGAGCUCAUCUCCCCAUCCAUUUAUCGAUGGCUUUGCUUGCUUUGGGUGCUACCAGCACAGACCCAGCUAAGGCCUCCUCUCCUCCCUCUUUUUUGCAGCCUUUUUUACUUGCAAAACAAGCUUGGCGUGGGCUCCAUGAAUAAGGGCGCUUGCUUUGUUAUGUUUAGAGUAUUCUCAAAGGAUUUAUUGGUGUUUUUUAUUUUCCUUGUACCACUAGGUGGUAGCAGCAGCAGUAGUUAAAGUGCCCCCUGACUUUUGUUACAAGGGUCAUUAGGAGUGCAGUGCUGUGGUUAGUUGCUUAGCUGCAUCAACAACUGCGGCGGGAGCAGCAGCAGCAAGUGUGGGCUGGGCUGAUUACUCUAUAUGUCGGGUGUACUUGACUACUGGCCCCAUGGCAUCAUGGGACAUUAAUAUAAAUGGAAUUUCAUUGCUCA